AUGCAGGAAUCGAGCCAUCUGCAAGGAGUCCACAACACCAACAUGUCCAGUGAGCAUGCGGUCACCUACAGCUAUCUUCCACAAGAUGUGGAUGGCUAUGAGGACAUGUGCGAUGCCUGCUUGGUUCUGGCGGGCCGUAAAUUUCCUGUGCACACAGCCGUGCUCGCAGUACACUCCCGUUUUUUCCGAAAGAUGAUUGUUGACUUGAGGAGCGAUAUAUCAUCGAGCACAUAUGGGCAGCUGGAGAUUCCUGUGGCCGAGGCAGUGUCGGCUGAAGACAUCGAGCUCAUGUUGGCGUUUGUGUAUGGCCAACAUCCAGAAGUCGAAACGGCUGAGGAGGCUAGCCGGAUGCUUUGCAUGGCGGACAGAUUCGACAUCCCGGGUCUGUUGGAGAAGUCAGAAAGGAAGAUUAAAGACCUGGAACACAAGAUCUAUUUCCUGGACCAAGGCUGCACAGGUGAUGGCGUACAGUCAGAAGAAGCAGACCCGUGGCUGAGUGCAGCACACUGGCUUGGAAUCGCAGAUCGCCUUGGAAUUGAUGACCUCCGCACCAAGUGCCAAAGGAUCGUUCUAAGGGACUUGUUGGCAAACGGCGUGCUACAGGGCACCCGGCCCGACCUUGCCAAGCCAGGGCUUGAGAAAGCCCUGUCCAGUUUAGACAGCCACAGAGUGACCGCAAGGGCCAUGGCGGAGAUCAUUGUUGCAAACAUUGGAGGCAUGCUCCAUGGCGAGUUCGAGGAUGUGUGCAUGGUGAGCUGCACAGCAUGCGGGGCUGUGCACGACUGCAGCAAGAUGUCGAUGUACGAAUACGAGAGGGACCCCUACCGCAGCCUUGAGACGUACAAGUGCCGUGCUUGUGGCCGGCGAACACGUGUUGUGGGUGGCAAGUCGUUCAAGAUGGUUGCCGCCGAUGAUGGCCUUGCCGAAAGCCUGCAAAGGAUUCGAAUCCACGAAAUGGGAGAGUGA